AUGAUGGUCUCAUCCGUUUACCACUCCUCUCUCCCUACUCAUUCAUGCGAUUUACUUUUUAAGACCAAAUGGAACAAAUUACUCGAACAAAAUAAGAAUAAUGGCUUUAUAUUGGAUGUUGAAGAUUUUGCUUCUGUCACUCUUGAAAUUAUUGGACAAGCUGGAUUUGGAAUUGAUUUUGGGAUAUUUUCAGAAACAUCGGAUGAAGGAAUGAAAUUUAGACAAAAUCUCACUCACGUCAUUCGCUACGAUUAUAUUAUUCGAUUUUUCUUUCGAGAAGGAUUGAUGAGAAAAUUGACUUCACGACUUGUUGGAAAUGAACAAGCAUUAGAAUAUAUUAGCACAAAAUUGAAUAGCUAUAUUGAACAGAGACAGGAAGAGUUUAGGAAAGAUCCAAAGAAACCAUUGAAUGAUUUGUUGUCACAAUUAUCGAACGCAUAUAUUUUUGUUGUGGCUGGACAUGAAACUACAAGUACUACACUUCAAUGGAUCAUGUAUGAAUUGGGAAAAAAUCAUCAAGCUCAACAACGAGUUCGAGAAGAAGCUCUUCGAAUUGGAGGACAAGAAAAAAGAGCACCAACGUUUGAAGAUUAUCCCAAUAUGGAUUAUGUUCAUGCCGUGGUGAUGGAAACUCUUCGUUUGCAUCCACCUGUUCCACAUAUUGUGAAACAAUGCACGAAAACAACAACUAUUGGAGGUACGACAGUUCCAAAAGGAAGCAACAUUAUUCUUCCAGCUCGUACCUGUCAACUGUUGAGUUCGGAUUUCACCAACUCCACCUACAAAGCCACUGACUUUGCUCCUGAACGAUUUCUUGACAAGGAAUUUAAACAACGUGUGAUCUCAUCUUGUAGUUGGUUUCCAUUCAGUUUUGGAAACCGUCGAUGUAUUGGCUAUGUAUUUAGUCAAAUUGAAACUUGCAUGAUUUUGUUUCGAAUGGCUCAAUUUUAUGAAUUUACCUUGUUGAAUGAUGAAAGUAAUCCAAAAGAGAAGGUCGCUAAUUUGGUCGGAUUGACCAUGAGACCCUCUUCGAAUUUGAAGGUGUUGAUUCAAAGAAGGAGAGAGGAAUAA